GCUGGCAGCACUGCUCCGGGUGCAACGUGCUUUUGUUGUGUUUACGUUUGUUUUGGUCUGGUCGGUCCACCGGGAUGUUUUCGGAAGUUUUACGCGAAUUUGAAGGGAAGAAGCUCACAUUGCCAGCUGUUCCUUCGAAUUUUAUUGCCCUACGCGAGACAGAAGAUGUUCCACUGCAAGAAUCACACCUGCAAGCAGCCGUAACUCAACCCUUUGCUGUGACCAAGGUUUUGGAAGCAUAUGUAGCUAGACUCACAACGAUUGCUGAGGGUGAGGAUGUAAAAACUGUACACGAUGUUACGUUGCGGUACCUGAAUGAUCCAGGCCAUCGCUAUUGGCCCGGAGACACGAUAGGAAUUUUAUCCUACAACACGGAGCCCGACGUGAAUUACGUUCUAGAUCGGCUAGAUUUACAUUCCGGCAGUGACGCAGUGUGUAGUGUUGGAAUCGAUCCGAAUACAACAAAAAAGGGAGCAAAAGUUCCAUUGUUUGUGCCUUCGGUGGUAAACUACCGACGACUGUUCAAAGAGUGUUUGGAUCUUCAUGCGGUUCCAAAGAAGCUCUUGAUACGCUCGUUAACAACCUGCACCACCGACGAGAACGAGCGACGCGUUCUCGAAAUUUUAUGCUCAAAAGAAGGAAUUGCUGCCUACGAGAGGUUCGUCCAGCAGCACGGAAAGGGCAUCAUUUCGCUGCUCGAGCUAGUUCCAUCCUGCCGACCAACGGCCGCAAUACUCAUAGAACACUUGCCGCGUCUUAUGCCGCGUCCCUAUUCGAUAGCUAAUGCAUACCGUGAAGCGGACAGCCCAACGGUACGGAUACUUUUCUCGCACGACGCGAAUAAUCCGGGCAUUACCACAACAUACCUGCGAGGGUUGGAAAUGGGAGCAAAGGUGUACCUUUACUUCCGCCAAAGUAGCUCGUUCGUGUACAGGGACACCGAUCUAAAGUGUAACAUCAUAAUGGUUGGCACCGGUACAGGGAUGUCUCCGUAUCUUUCGUUUCUCGAGCAACGUGCCGCUGCGUUAGCAAAGGGCGAAACGCUCGGUCGUGCCGAACUGUUUGCGGGAUUUCGCUACCGUGAGCGUAACUACCUGUGCAGGGACGAGAUCAAGGAGUAUCUUAAAGCGGGCGUGCUGGACGGUUGUUAUGAAGCGUUUUCACGUGAUGCUGACACGCAUCACAAGUAUGUGCAGAGUCAGAUGCAUGAGAAGCGUACCGAAAUCAUUGCAAACAUCCGUAACCCUCACGCUCUGUUUUUCGUCUGUGGAGAUUCAAAGGUUCUGCUACCACAGAUAACGGACACGGUGGUGAACAUGCUUGCGGAGGCAUCGGAAGCGGAAGAGGAUAUGCAAACAUUCGUCGGUGGGCUAAAGAAAGAUGGCAAAUACCGCGAAGAUGUGUGGCUGUAAACUGCAUCGAAAGUUGUAUGGAUAGCUUCAAGCGAUACAAACGAAGCCGAGUAAAAUUCGGAACAAAUAAAAUGUGGAAAGGCUUCAACUACUUACCGAAUAUACUGUCACAUCACACUUUCUUCGGCCUCGGUUUCGGACAGGAAAAAAAACGUAAUUCAACCAGUACAGAUUAUUAUGACAUCCUAUCACAAACUAUAUUCCUAAACACAAAACAUUUUAACAAUAUUGCAUAAAAAAAUAGUUCUACAACAUAAUAGUGUUGAAUGAAAUUGGUUGUGCGAUACCACGCUGGAGCAAAAUGGAAAUACUUUAUAGAAGAAAAAAACUCAUUGCUAAUACCGAAUAUAAUAUCCUGACUCCUAGCCGUCUACGUAAGAAUGUGGUAAAAAUGUUCAAAAAGAUUGUGUAUGUACGUGUGUGUGGCUUCACGCCUUCAAAAUACUCUAUCCCCACUCUAAAUGCCGGGUUCUGCAGUCGGGCCACAUUUAUAACUCGCUAUCGCCGAAUGCAUUGCAAUGUGGUAAUGUGUUUUUGUGGUGGUGUUGCCGUACAAAGGUGAUCCGAAAAGCGUUCCCCCUUUGUAGUGCAAAUAGUUCUUACUCGUGUAAUACGCAUAAAAAAUACAUGCUUGCCUAUGUAUUUAAAAAAAGAACAGAAGAACGUAAGCAAUCAAAAGCAAUUACCGCAUAUGGUCAGAAUGAUUGUUCUACAGUUACGAAUACAAUGUGCGAGCUUUCUCCCACAUAAGUGUCCCCCUCCUAUCCCUUAUCGGUAGAUUGAUUGUGAUGGUGGUUUUUUUUUUGCUCUUCUCUGUUUGCAAUGCUCUCUCUAUCUAUUUACACUACUGGCAUCGGCUAACAUGCGUGUGGAACAUCAGCAUUCUACACACACUUUAGUGAACAUUUGUCACUUUAAGAGGAAAUGUAUACUUUCCGUUCGAUAUGUACAAUAGCGCUAGACAGACAUACAAAACCUUAGUAGAAUCCGCAUUUUUCUUGUGUGUGCGCGGCCUGGACGGCAUUCUGAUCGUCGAAACCUAAAUAUGGCCUGGGAUGGUUUUUCUGUACAUGGACGACGAUGCAGAUGCGCGCGUCUACAAACACUACACCUUGCCACUUGGAGUAGCAGAAGAUAGUGUGCUCGUGCAUCUAUUUCUACUACACUAAACAAAACAUAAUUCGAUGAUGCUGGUCAUACAGAGGGCGUUCUUUUUGUGGCGAGAGCAAAUCGUUUUUUUUUGUCGACUUCUCCUCAACACGCGCUCUACUACUACUAAAUCGACGACUAUAUCUCAGCUGGUGGUAACGCGGCACGUAACGUCGUGUAAGGCAAGCUGUGGCCAAUCGGCGCGGAAGAAGACAGCGUGUGCUGCUAGCCCCCAACCGCCCCGAAUGGGUGUUUUUCUAUGCGAAACAUGCAUGCAACAUGUUGGCGUUUUCUGCUUCCUCAUUCAUGGUUACACGCGGCGUGUGCUGUACGAUCGGGACACUCCGCACGAUCGACGCAUAACCUCCAAAUACACUGUUCAAGGCAAUCCACGACAGGUACUGGCGAGGGUGCACUGUACCCGUGCGUACCUUACCCUAAAAGACCUCCUUGGAGGCUUGGUAAAACGGGGAGGAGUUUGUGGAGUGUGAUGCACCCGGUACUGCACCAGAUUAAAAAUCGCCCCAUCAACAGGGUCACUUCCUAUAGUGCGAAUUCGUGUCCGUUACACAAUUUGAUAAGAGGAAACAGGAAGCGCUCAGUACAGCGAGUGACAUUCAUACAUCGAAGAAGGUAGAGUUCAUUAUUAGCACCUACGGUUCUGGCCACAAGACUGAGACACACUCCUGUGCCCGCCGCCGUGCUGGAUGUGGUGCAACGGAGCAGUAUAUGUAAUAUACCGUAGUACCUUGUGGUGCUUUGCGCUGUUGGGUGCUUCAGCCUGUUAUCUGAUAACGGCUGAUAAAUGGCAUUGCAAAUCGAGAAAUGGACCAAGCCAAGUUUACGAAAUCGACGGAAAAACGGCAUUACGAAGCUGUUUUUGCUUCCCUUCGAAUAGACGAAGAUGGUCCUGAUACUUCCUGCCUUUUAGCUACACAGCUCCGGUUGGAGUCGGACACUUCCAGAACAUGUUGGAAUGAAUCGGUAAAUGCCCAAGAAUUUGGGUGCGAAGCCUCUCUCUCUCUCUCUGUCUCGUCAAAGUUGCCGGAAAUCUGAAUUUAUUCUACCCUUGCCGUACGGUGUCAUUUCCUCGGACAAUUUCCAUUCCACAACCCUAGGAACAAUCUUACAACAAACGGUGGUGAUUGAACGACUUUGGGGUUCCCGAACGUCCCGAGGGGAGUAGAGGCCCGCCGCGCACAGUGUGUGCAGCAUAAGGUCAAUUUAAUUUACCUCAUCACAUCAAGACGCUACCGCUACUACCGUAUACACCGGGUAGCGUCGUUCGCUGGCGGGUGGCGGCCCGAUCGCCAGGGCCACCAGCUGUCGUAACAGUUUCGAUAGACAUCGAGGCGUACAUCGAGGUAUAGAGCGUUGUAACGAGAAGAGGUGUCAGUAUGGUACAUCACACCGAUUAUCGUUGUUGCCGUGAAGCGUGAAACAUUAAAGCACCGUUUUCGCAAAGCGCACCAUAUAAUCAACCGGGCACGAAUUACAUUGGGCCCGAGUGUACAGGAGAAUCGUUCUACGCCGUGUCGUCAGAGCGCGGCAGGUGAUUUGCUUAGCUCUCGUAGAAGCUAAAGGAAGUUAUCCAUUCAUCGGACCUUUAAGAAUGUUUUUUGUUCUAGUCCCCCACAUAUCUACAUAUCUGUGUAACAUCUAAAACCUCAACAGCCUUACUCUUAGAGCGUGCAAUCCUCCAGCAAAACCAGAUCAAAUAUCCCGAUCAUAGCGAACAUCUUCGUCUACAAUCCUGUUACAACCGUGUGUCACAAUAGUCUUAUGGAUUUAAUUCGUUUGCUGCUUGAAACCGGGCGCUAGACGGACGUCGGUAGGCCCGGUUUGUACAACAAAAUGAUUGGGUGGACUUUCAACGCGGAUGAAUCAUCACCGUAACAUUAGCUAGUGUCCUCUCGCCAUCUUUGAGGGCGCUUGGCUGGUGGUGGGGGGGUAUGAUAAAACAUUCGUGUGUUUAGUGGAGACGAGUUGGAGGAAUAAUGUAGGUAUUUUGGGAGUGAGCGCAAAACCGGUGCUGACUCAUAGGUAAUAACCAUGCCCGAAGGUAAAAGACUCUCACUUUCUACCUAUGAAGCGUGUGUGUGUGGAUUUGGAAAGGUUUCGAAUGAUAAAAUCGGAACCCAACCGGUUCAAAUUUGAUCAUGGGUAGAGCGAAGACGGCACUGAACCGCGCUACUCCUGCGCUGUGAGAGCAACCCGAAGAAGAACCCUUCAUUGAAGUUGCAUUUGGAGAAGGCAAAUUAUUUUUAUAACAUACAUAAAACGCACAUAAAAGCUUUCCUUCUUGCAUGUCUCGCCUUGUUUUGUCGUCCGUUUUAACGCGUGCCUGUCUACCGUACAGCAUUAUGAAGGAACACUAGCCGUGCCAUAUGUUCGACGGCGGGGUCGUACUGUGCUGUUUGGCGUUUGAAAGAAUUUCACCUCCAGCUGGCGACAUGGUGCCCCAUUCGUCUGCAAGAUAGGAUCGUCUAAGCCGCCCAUACGGGUCCGGAUGCGGAUGGGUUUAGAUAUUUGUUUUGUGUGCGUAUGCAUCGCGAUCUCGCCCUUCAAUUCAAAAACAAUCUUAGCCGCUGCUUGGUAGACCAACCAGCUCGCACCAUGGUGCUAAUGAAAAUUGGCAAGAGUGUCGUACGUACACCGCCCGGGGCGCCCGCUCCAAGACGAUCGCGAUUGCAUGGAUAC